GGGUUAGUCCAGGAUUUUAUAUUUUUUGAUCUUAGGGUCAGUCCAGGAUGGGACGUAGUGGCCUGGCGCAGCCGUGCAGGCCGUAUCCGAUGGUGGCCUCGUGCAAACUUGUGAAUUAAGUGGUCUAGAUGGGCUGGCUUGCUCACAGGGACACCAGCCCAUGUGCACGACCAUGACUCGCGUAUGUGGCCAAUCCAGGCCCUUCUUCUCAGCGACGCGAGAGUCCGACUUGUCUCGGGCCCUCAGCCGCUGCUCUGCCUAGCCCAGGCCUGUGCGACUAAGGCGAGGUUUUAUUUUCUUUCUAGUGACCUUCCGUCCAAUAACAUACUAGCUUCCAACUUCUAACGAAAUUAAAAGCUGGGGGCUUGGCAACUUCCAAGAUAAUAUAAACCUUCAUCAUUCAACCAACAAUUAACACAACCAUUAGCGUAAUAAACCUACGUGUGUUUCAAUUGAAGACACAAAUAAAUUCGGAGUUAUGUAUCUACAAGUUCAAUUCAAGGAUAAGAACUUCCAUUUCACAUUCAUUAAGAGCAUAUGAUUGAGUAAAUAGAGUUUUUCUCGGCUCACUAACUAACUAACUUACUACAAAAAUAGAACAAAAUAAUAUAUUUCCUUAGUUCAACUACAUCUUCAAGUUCAGACGGGAAAUAGGAGGAUAGCACUGCAUAUGGAACUUUGGAAUGCUGCAGCCGACGCUAGCUUGUCAUCGACACAAACAGCUAUGGCGGCGCAAACCUGAAAAGCCUAUUUGUUGCUCGGAACCGGUACAGACGAUCAUGGCAGUUUAUCUCCUGAUUCGACUCUGGAUGGUUGGAUGCGGAAACGAAAACAAGUGACAUGGUGCUAGCACGAAUUACAACGAUGGUGGAGCUCCUAAAGGGAUGACACAUCCACUAUGAAGUUUUCAAAGAUCGACGGCACACGAAGAAGAAGAAGGCAAAAGGAAAGAGGUUGGGUAACUUGGCAAAAGGACAGAGGAUGUUCAUGGAAAUAAAGGGUCGGGUUGUGUACAUGAGUAAAUAAGGGAAACUAUUCAAAUAGUUUUACAAGCUUCAUUAUUUCAAAAGCUAUGCACAAUUAGUUAAUUAGAGGAAAAUCAUACAAGAGCUAGAGAAAAGAUACAACACAUUCGUGACCUAGCAUGAAGUAGAAAUAGAGCACGCGCUCGUGACAUCAUCAAACAUGACAAACACAAGCAACCCAAACCCAACACAUGUCCCUAAGGAGCUUCACCCGUGAUCACUAGCGUCAUUGUAACGUCGACGAGAGCUUAGGUUUCUCUUGUUGGGUUUGCGAGUUUCAGAAAAUGUAGGAGUAUAAAAAAAAAUCAUGAAACUAAUAGAUUUGCUUGGUUUCACUACAUGGAAGAGGUAAGAAUGCCUCCGAAGAAAUGUUGAAAGUGAUUUUUCUGAGAUUGAAUCAAUAAGAGAAACCUAAGAUCAUAGGAAAGAUUCUAUGAUUUUUGGUCUCACAAACAAACCAUCUAUUCGGUAGAAAACGGACUAGCAAAGAAGCCUAGAUUGAUAAGAGUUCUUCAGUACGAUCUUCUUCUUUUUCGAAUGUGAAUGAUGCAGAUAGUACCAACUUCACCAAAGAGCUGAGCUUGAGACACCCAUCGCCAUUGCCCAUUGCUGGUCACCGCGCCACGCCAAGUGUCCAGCGCAUAAACCCAUGCGUUUGAUGUGCGACAGUCGACACGACGCACCCACCACCAGGCAGCACCACACGCUGCUCCCAAAACCCCUGCCCGAUAGACUAGGCCCUCGAUCGCUAACCACGGUUCCCCUCUUUGCCAAACCAGUGAAAGCUCCCAGCUCUUUAUCUAACCACGGUUAAACCCCUCGCUUCCCAAAGGAGAAGGUGGUGCGGUGAGCGCCAGCGCUCCACUGCCGCUUCCAUAUAGGCAGGCAGGCUGCCCUGCUCGGCGCCCGUCCCCCUUCCCAUUUCUAGUAACCCACGGCCGCGGGCUCUCGAACCCAGCGAUCAAAGAGCAGACCGCGCGCGGCCUCGCUCUGUCAUGGUCACCAUGGCGAACAAGAAGCCCUGGUGCGGCGCCGCCGCCGCCACCACCCGGCUGUCCCCUGUCUCCUGGGGCUCCCGCAUUGCCCCGUCCCGCGCGCGGAGGCACAAGAAGAAGAGGAGGGGCAGGGGCGGCGGCGCCGUCGUUGCGCCGACGACGGGGUCGUCCAUCUACAGAGGCGUCUGCAGGAACAUCGGCUCGGGGAAGUACGAGGCGCACCUGUGGGACGGGCACCGCCGGAGCACGGCCCAGGAGAGGAAAGGCCGCCAAGGUGAGGCCUUUUUCCUGUCCGGCCAACGCGGACAAUAUCGUUGUGCUCCUCUCCGUUUCCCUUGAUUAUUCUCGAUUACUCUGUUCUAGUUUCAUGUGCUGACAUUUUUCUUGUUUGCAAUUCGGCGUUCGUCCGCCUUGGAAUCUGUGUGGUG